AUGUUUAGAUUAAAACUAGGCUUUAUCUCAUUGUUAUCUCAGAACACGACACCGCUUUUACUCUCUACGGUGAAACCGCUCCCGAUCUCGCUCCGAUCUCCUUCACACUGCGACCUCGCUCCGAUCUCAUUCUCGCUGCAAUCUCGCUCCGGUCUUGCUCCGUUCACGAUCUCGCUCCGAUAUGGACUCGAUUCUCUUCGUUCAUGUGAAAAUGCAUUGCGGUGCAUUGGUGAUAAUGAUGUUCAAAAGCUUGGAAGAAGUGUUUUUCCUGAAAAUUUGAAGGCUACUACUAUCAGCGAGAUUACUAGGCUCAGGAACGUUGCAAUGACAUCAAUUACUUCACGCUUUGGUAUAUCUUCAUCCGCUCCAUUAAACAUUCUUGCUAGUAUUUUAGUGGUUGAUGAACGGACUAUCCAGAUGCCGGUAAGUCUACAACAAGAGACAGAUACUUUACUUCAGUGGUCAGAUACCAAAGUAGAGAAAGCUGGUAAGUUCAUUUACUGGUGUUUCUUGAUUGUGGAUGCCACAUUUAUCUUCUGCUAAUUUGCUUCCUUAAUAUGUUUAAUCAUUUUAAGAUGUUUGUUGAAAGUUAACUGCUUCUAACUUCUAA